AUGAAUGUCAGUGCAACUUUGAACGUUCUGCGACUGCUCCAGAACCCCGGCUUGUGCAUUCCGCAGCUUACCGUAGGAAACUUUGGCCAAAUACCGGUGCCUAUAGGACCCUCAAUCAAAGCUGUGGUGCUGGACAAAGAUAACUGUUUUGCUUACCCUCAUUCCAACGAGGUAUGGCCAGAUUAUGAGGCAUGUAAAGGCAAAACUUGGGUGGAACUAAAAAAAGCUUAUCCUGGUGCUUCAUUGCUUAUAGUCAGCAAUAGUGCUGGAAGCAGUGAUGAUAAAGACCUAAAACAGGCGCGCCUUCUUGAAGAGACUACGGGGGUUCCAGUUUUGCGCCACAAGGUCAAGAAGCCAGGGUGCCGAGACGAGAUUCUGAGUUACUUCUCGGGCAAAAAGAUCACAAACGACCCUAGUGAAAUCGCAGUUGUGGGGGAUCGCCUUUUCACAGACAUCAUGAUGGCUAACCUCAUGGGUAGCUAUGGGGUGUGGGUGAGAGAUGGGGUGAAGCCCUCCAAGAAUCCUAUAGUCCAUUUUGAGAAGCUGCUUUUCAAGUGGCUGACUCCUGGCAGUUAA